AUUCGCUUCCGAGACGGAGACAAAGCUGGAGAAUCUCGACCUCUACCCACUGCAUUGGAUAUUGACGAUGGACUGAACAGUCGUGUUUCGUAUCGCCUUGAGGUGCCCACUCCUCAUGUCGGCGCUUUUGCCUCGCCAUCUUCACACGCUUUAUCUUCAGGCUUCUCAAAUUCCGCCUCGGCCAGCCUCGAGUUGGGUUCACUUCCGUUUCGUCUGACGCAUCAGCCAGGCGGCGCGGAUGGCCUCCUUCUUCUACAGGCCAUGCAGACGGUGGAUCGCGAGGAAGCGGCCGCCUAUCAUUUCUUGUUGAUUGCAGAAGAUCGCGCCAUACAUGCCGAAGACUCCGACCCCAUAGCAACUGCUACUAGGGCCCAAGCUGCAAUGCCCUCGGAAGGCAGUCUGGCGUCCGGUUCUGGAUCUUCCAGUUCCGAUGAUCUGGGAGCCAUGGCCGCCAUGAAUCUGUUCGACAGAGAGCCGGGAUUCCGACCUCUGCGGGCUGUUCUACCAGUCAGCGUGAUUGUCGAGGAUGUCAAUGACAACCCGCCCCUUUUCGAGCAGGCCAAGUUUGAGACGUCCACGCCGAUUCCUGAGGUAACACCGGUUGGACGUACUGUGCUUCGCUUGAAGGCCUCCGAUCGGGACGCUGGUCAGAACGGAGCCUUUCACUUUGCCUUCAGCCGCGACCAUUCUUGGCGUCGUGAAGAGUUGGCCGAUCGCCAGUUCUUCGAAGUCAAGACGAACGGUGAUAUUGUGAUAAAAAAACCUUUGAAUGUCGACAAGCGCCGAGAUACUCGUCUUGUCAACACAGUGAGUUUGGCCUAA